CUCUUCCUCUGCAGGAGGCAGCGGACCCGUGCGCUCAGGUACGCGCAGCCAAUCAGCGCGCAGGAGGGAGUGCUCAACAGCGAGGAGGCGGUCUGCUCCGGCACAGACACAGAACACCUUCAGGUGGGGAUGAAGUAGCAGCAGCAGGAGGAGCAGCAGCAGCGACAGAACCGAGUCCGAACCGCGGAGGUGUUUUUCCUUCAGGGGGGCAGAAAGAGAGAGAGAGAGCGCGCGCGCGUCCUUCCACUGGAGAUUACUGCUGUUCACACCACCUCCUCCCCCACCCCCACACGCACCCAGCCUUCGCACCCCCCCUUCCUCCGACAGCCUCAAUUGAUUUGACUGAUCUGCAUGCAUCGGGAGCAGGUCCUGUAAACCCACCACCAUGGAGAAUGCGCACACCAAGUCUGCCACUGAAGUUUUAGACUACUUCGGGGUGAACGAGAACACCGGGCUGACUCAGGAGCAGGUCAAAGUCAAUUUGGAGAAAUACGGUCUGAACGAGCUCCCAGCUGAAGAAGGCAAGUCUCUAUGGGAGCUGGUGGUGGAGCAAUUUGAAGACCUCCUGGUCAGGAUUCUGCUUCUGGCUGCCUGCGUCUCCUUUGUCUUGGCUCUUUUUGAGGAGGGAGAGGAGACCACCACCGCCUUUGUAGAGCCUCUUGUCAUCCUUCUCAUCCUCAUUGCCAAUGCCGUUGUCGGGGUCUGGCAGGAGAGGAAUGCGGAGAACGCCAUAGAGGCCUUGAAGGAGUACGAGCCAGAGAUGGGAAAGGUGUACCGCAUGAACCGCAAGGCCGUCCAGAUGAUCAAAGCCAGAGACAUAGUCCCGGGAGACAUAGUAGAGGUGGCAGUUGGUGACAAGGUGCCCGCUGAUAUCAGAGUGACUUCCAUCAAGUCCACCACCCUGAGAGUGGACCAGUCCAUCCUAACGGGGGAGUCUGUCUCUGUGAUCAAACACACUGACCCUGUCCCUGAUCCACGCGCUGUCAACCAGGAUAAGAAAAACAUGCUUUUCUCUGGCACAAACAUUGCUGCCGGCCGCGCCAUAGGUAUCGUUGUCGCCACGGGCGUCAAGACUGAGAUCGGCAAGAUCCGGAAUCAGAUGGUGUCCACAGAGCAGGAGAAGACGCCACUGCAGCAGAAGCUGGAUGAGUUUGGCCAGCAGCUCUCAAAGGUCAUCUCCCUGAUCUGCGUGGCUGUGUGGGUCAUCAACAUCGGCCACUUUGGGGACCCGGUCCACGGUGGCUCAUGGGUCAAGGGUGCCAUCUAUUACUUUAAAAUUGCCGUUGCGCUGGCUGUCGCUGCCAUCCCCGAGGGCCUCCCUGCUGUCAUCACCACCUGCUUAGCCCUCGGCACUCGCCGCAUGGCCAAGAAGAACGCGAUCGUCCGCAGCCUGCCGUCCGUGGAGACUCUGGGCUGCACCUCUGUGAUCUGCUCUGACAAGACCGGCACCCUCACCACCAACCAGAUGUCCGUCUGCAGAAUGUUUGUUGCAGACAAGGUGGACGACUCGAGCGGCACUCUCCACGAGUUCUCCAUAACGGGCUCCACGUACGCACCGGAGGGUCAAAUACUUAAAGAAGAUAAACCCAUCCAGUGUGGAGACUACGACGGGCUCCUGGAGUUGGCCACGGUGUGCUCCAUGUGCAACGACUCAUCCCUGGACUACAACGAGGCCAAAAAGGUUUAUGAAAAAGUGGGCGAGGCGACAGAGACAGCUCUCACCACCUUGGUGGAAAAGAUGAACGUCUUCAAGACUGACCUGUCUGGACUCACCAAGGUGGAACGUGCCAGCGCCUGCAACUCUGUGAUCAGGCAGUUGAUGAAGAAGGAGUUCACUCUGGAGUUUUCCCGGGACCGAAAGUCGAUGUCGGUGUACUGCACGCCUGUCAAGCAGGGCUCCCAGAGCAAGAUGUUUGUCAAAGGAGCUCCAGAAAGUGUGAUGGAGAGGUGUCAGUACAUCCGCGUGGGAACAGGAAAGGUGGCUUUGACUCCAGCUGUGCGCGAGCAGCUGAUGUGCAAAAUCAGGGAGUGGGGGACGGGCAGGGACACCCUGCGCUGCCUCGCUCUAGCCACUCAUGACAGCCCGCCACGCAAAGAGGACAUGGACCUGGAGAAUUCCAGCAAGUUCGUGCAGUACGAGAUGGGGCUCACGUUUGUCGGCUGUGUGGGAAUGCUGGACCCCCCCAGGAAGGAGGUGAUCGGUUCAGUGAAGCUAUGCAGCGAGGCCGGAAUCAGAGUCAUCAUGAUCACGGGAGACAACAAAGGCACCGCUGUGGCCAUCUGCAGGAGGAUUGGCAUCUUCGGGGAGGACGAGGACGUGGCGGGGAAAGCCUACACCGGCCGCGAGUUCGACGACCUGCCCCCUGAGGACCAGAGAGAAGCCGUCAAACGGGCGCGAUGCUUCGCGCGCGUCGAGCCCGCUCACAAGUCCAAGAUCGUCGGAUAUCUUCAGUCUUUUGAUGAGAUUACCGCCAUGGAUAUGUAGGACUUGGAACGGUGGGCGCUGCAGCUUGGUGGUUCCUGUUUGAUGAAGAGGGUCCACAAGUGACUUUCACUCAGCUGCGACACUUCAUGCAGUGCACAGAGGACAACCCCAUGUUCAAGGACAUCGACUGUGAGGUGUUUGAAUCCCGCUACCCCACCACCAUGGCGCUGUCAGUGCUGGUCACCAUUGAAAUGUUCAACGCACUCAACAGUUUAUCUGAGAACCAGUCUCUGCUGAGGAUGCCUCCAUGGGUCAACAUUUGGCUGCUGGGAGCCAUCGUCCUCUCGCUGUCUCUUCACUUCUUAAUCCUCUAUGUUGAGCCUUUGCCGCUGAUCUUCCAGGUGACGCCUUUGCACUGUUCUCAGUGGCUUGUGGUCCUUAAGAUUUCCUUCCCGGUCAUCCUCCUGGACGAGGCCCUCAAAUACAUGUCCAGAAACCAUCUAGAAGAUAACGACGAGGGGAAAUACCGGAGGCGUUGGCAGCUGAAUUAAGACCUCUCUCCGAACACACUCCCUUAGUUAGAAACAUGCGGCUACCCUCUUCCCUUUAUGAGCUAGGAACCGUUCUCUCCCCCCUGCCCUCGUACCCCCACCCCUGCAUGACCAGCAAGCCACCACUAGAAAAGAGCAGGGCUUUCAAGAACGAGACCGUUUGUGUUCCUGCCGGCAUGGCUGUGUGUGAAUGUGAGGAAGAAAGAGAGAUUGCUGCUCAUUGGCUUUUUUUGUUUUUUUGAGUGCAAAUAUUGAGGCGCACAAAUGGACUAUGGGGGGCGAGAACAGUGGAACUGCGAGGGGAAGAAUGUUUUUUUUAUUAUCUUUAAAUCAGAGGUGAAGCGGGAAACAAAGGGAGAGCAUCUGUAGGGGUGUGAACGGAAGCCGGCGUUCGUUCAAGUUUCUGCGACCCACACUACUGAGGGUGACCUCCAGGCAGCUCUCGACCGCAGAACGGCUUACAUUCACUCUCACCACUAACAAUCGUGAGCAGAACCGCUCUCCUUUUGCCUGUGCUGCUCUGUCUUUCCGUCUCUCCUUCUCCUGUCUGUGUGAGGAGCAGCUGUGGGCCCGGUGUGCCCACCGGCGUCGCCGGGUUCUGUAGUUGGGAGUCAAAGGUGUGAAUAGCUCUAUGCUGCUUGGCUGCUUUCCUCGGCUCUUAAUUGGAGGAGCUGAGGCGAGCUCGCACACUGAGCAGCAAAAACGUCAAAACAAACCCGGCGGAACGCCAAAGAAUCUAUAUUUCCAACCUGAACGAUCACGGAUAUUUUUCUUCGUUGAAGCGAUGAAGUCGACCGCAUACAUCAUUUUCUUGAUAAUAAUUUGAUGUAUCAUCAAACAUCCAUGCCUUAAAAAAACAACUCACUGCACCUCCACCCUGGAGACGUGAAUGAAUGUCUUACUGCCCCCCCAUCCCUCACAUGAAUGUCCGCCCCUCUCCGUGUGCAGCCUCCUCAGCUCCUCUGGCUCUCUGUGCUUCAGCGUUUUUGCUUUCGAAUCUUCUAGAUGUAUUUGACUGAAAGGCCCUGCAGGGUGUGAAAUGUUUCUUUACGUCUUAGGUUAUUUUUUGUUUAUUUUGGGGGGGGGUUACAGCGUGGAGAGUUUGUGGUCACGUGUCAUUUCCACAUCGCAUAAGUCACAGAUCUUUAGAUUAGAGUUUGUGCAAAUACAGAAUCUAAAAACCACUGUGGACAGUGAACGUCUGGAGUGUUUUUAAUGUGAUUUUCAAAUCAAUAUUGAAAUCUCGAUUCGCUGGUUAGUUUUUUAUUUUAAGCACAAUAAGCGAUUGUUGAAAACAUGAUGAGAAUAAUUUGGUUUGUUGCACUUCAAAAUUAAGGAUCCCAAAAAAAAGUUCUUCUGGAACGAAGUGGCUGGACAGACUGCUGUCGUGUGCUGUGACGCUUGGUUCUUUUUUUGUUUUUUUUUAGGGGCUUAAUGAGGCAAACUCACAGGCAUGAAGGUGUGAUCUAGACGUUUGCAGUUUUCCGUGCUGUUAGGGAUCAGUCUCGGUAAUCCACAGAUGGAAUUCCACUCUGAACGUGUCUGCAGAUCUUCACGUUUAGGAGCAGAAGGAUUGAUGGGAAAUAACGUUUGAUGCCCCCCACCACCCCACCCGUCCCCUCCACAGCCCUGUAAUAAGCUGGCGCUCCGAUCACCAGACACUAUGGGUCUGUAUAGAUGUGUUAUUUACUACUGAAUCCUCCACUCUGAGCAGACGGAGGAUCUGAUCGCAUGAAAUUUUGUUACUGUAAUAUUACUCUAUACAGUAUCUAAUAUUUAAGUUUUUGGAAACAUAAAAACAACAGACAUGCGAGAGCUUUUCUUUUUUUUUUUUUUUUGGUUCUCUUUGGAGCAGAAGCUAUUCAAGGAUCUCUUUUUGUCCAUUUGUUUUUUUCCUGUGUGUGUUUGUGUACAUUACAAUGUUCAUUUUUUCCGUUUGGUUUUUACAGUUGCUGGGGUUUGUGUCUUUUACUGAAAGGGAAAAAAAAAAGUUCAUGUUUAGCAUAGAUAAGAGUAGCGCUUACGUUAACUAAGAGCAAUGGCACAGAUCCGUUUGGUCACUUUGAGCGAGAGCAUUGCGGCUGAGCUGUGUCUGGUUUACAAUAAGCAGUGAUGAAUCCUGGGAUAUGAAGUUCUGUGGCUGUGCGCCGAAAGGCUCGGUGGGAAUCCGGGCUCUCGAGAUCCGGGACCGUCCUUCUGGUUCUGCUGCUGGAACGGUCAGCACUUGAAAGUCCUCCACUCUCUGUAGAACGAAGACCACCAAGGACAGAGCGAUCCGAUCCACUGACACCCAACCAAACCUUCCUUCUCUCUGGUCAGAGAACCGUCUUCAGAGCCUGACUUCCAGUUCUAAGAAACAAGAGGAUUCUCUGUGUUGCCUUGUUAAUAUUAAUUGUGGACACAUUUUAUAAAACAAUAGAGGUGUGGAAAUAAAGAUUAUUUAUCUUGUUAUUUAUACUGGCUGUGUGUUCAUUAUUAAAGACCUAAGAGAACUUCAA